AUGGAUUGCGCUUGCGUGACCAGACGUGGCAGCGGCAUCAUGGCUUCUUGGAACAGAUACGGGAGACGUAGGAGACUGGUCGAAAUGUUCUUAUUCUUGUCAUUGGUCGCAGUGUCAUCCGCCCUGCAGGCAGCGAAGAUGUCUCCACUCAUAGAGAAAGUCAAUGACCACAAGGAUUUCAAGAAACUUCUGAGGACCAGAACCAAUGUUCUUGUUUUAUACACCAAGUCAGCUUCAUCUGGAGAUUCUCAUCUAAAGCUGCUGUCUGAUGUGGCUCAGGCCGUGAAAGGUCAGGGUACCAUCGCCUGGGUGAAUUGUGGGGACUCAGAAGGCCGCAAACUCUGCAAAAAAGUCAAGGUAGAUCCCAGCUCAAAAACCAAAGGAGUCGAGGUCCUGCAUUACAAGGAUGGGACCUUCCAUACGGAAUACAACAGACCAUCCACAUUUAAGUCCAUGGUGGCUUUCCUGAAAGACCCUUCAGGUGCCCCCCUGUGGGAGGAGAACCCUGAGGCUAAAGAUGUUGUUCACAUAGAGUCAGAGAAGGAUUUCCGGAAACUGCUGAAAAAAGAGGAGCGGCCCAUCCUCAUGAUGUUUUACGCCCCAUGGUGUGGUGUAUGUAAAAGGAUGCAGCCCAUUUUCCAACAAACAGCCACUGAGACAAAAGGAAAAUAUGUGUUGGCUGGGAUGAACGUGCACCCGGCGGAGUUUGACGGGCUCAAACAGGAGUUCAGCGUCAAGGGCUACCCAACCUUCUGCUACUUUGAGAAGGGGAAAUUCUUGCAUCACUAUGAGAAUUAUGGAGCCACCUCCAAAGACAUCGCUGACUGGUUGAAAAACCCUCAGCCUCCACAGCCUAAAACUCCAGAGGUGCCCUGGUCAGAGUCCAGCUCAGCGGUCUUCCAUCUUACCGAUGAUUCUUUUGACACGUUCCUACAGGAGCAUCCUUCAGCCUUGGUCAUGUUCUACGCUCCCUGGUGUGGCCACUGUAAGAAGAUGAAGCCAGAGUAUGAUGAAGCUGCUGAGAUCCUCAACAAAGACCCAGAUAGCCCAGGUGCUUUGGCAGCAGUGGAUACCACCAUUCACAAGUCCAUCGGAGAGCGCUUUAAAAUCUCAGGCUUUCCCACAGUGAAGUACUUUGAAAAGGGCGAGGAGAAGUACACGCUUCCUCAACUUCGGAGCAAAGACAAGAUCAUCGAGUGGCUGCAGAAUCCUCAGGCCCCACCUCCUCCAGAGAAGUCGUGGGAGGAGAUGCCGUCCAGCGUGAGCCACCUGGGAGCUGAGGAUUUCAGGGAAUCUCUGAAAAAGAAGAAACAUGCCUUGGUCAUGUUCUAUGCUCCAUGGUGUCCACACUGCAAGAAUGCCGUCCCUCAUUUCACCACAGCGGCCGAGCUGUUCAAAGAGGACCGCAAGAUUGCAUAUGCUGCGGUGGACUGCACAAAGGGACAAAACCAUGAGUUGUGUAAACAGGAAGGAGUUGAGGGCUACCCAACAUUCAACUAUUACAACUAUGGGAAGUUCAGCGAGAAAUACAAUGGGGAAAGAGGGGAAGCUGGCUUUACUGGUUUCAUGAGAAGUCUCAGGGGCCGGGACCAAGAGAAAGUGGGCAAGCGGAAGGAGGAACUCUAAUAGUGUGGGGGCGUGGUUCCUGUAGAUGGGAGGAGCCUAUCAUUGCACUGUGACUUGGGCAUGAAUCAUCCCAGCACUGAUGCCACAGACUUGAAACCUCAGCUUAAAAGGCUAUUUCUUUAUACAGCUGUGCCCUUAUGUUUAUAAUACCAAUGUAUGAGCAUCAUCAGACCACUUCAGAUAUUUUUGCUUUUUGUUUUGUUUUGUUUGUUUGUUUAUGUCCUCCGACAUUUUGUGAAAUUGUUUCCAAAUACUGUGACUUACUUUACUGAAAUCCACACCUGAAAUCUAUGCAACACUCGGGCCCUCACUCGCCAGAGUCCCGUACGCGUGACGGGUGGCUGGUGUUUAUUGGGGAAAACCAGUUUUCGACAGGAUACUUUGCCAUCACUCCCAUUCCAGCAAGGAGGAAUAAUGUGUACAAUCGUAUCUGCAAAUAUUUUUGUAAAAAAGGAAAAAGAAAAAAAGAUGGAGAAAGAUGUUGUAGCUGAACUUUGUGGCCUUAAAUGUUUGAAUAACUGUCGUCCAAAUACUUUACUAUUUUCGAGAAAUACAGUACUAGGGCCAAAAUACAAGAUCAAAUACAAGGACAUGUAUUCUUCUCGUUUUAUUUUCAGCUGUGACGGAAUAAAAUGAUGCAACAACUGGAAAUGCCGAACAAACAAAAUUAAUAGAAAUAAUUUAUUUCCCAAAUGAAUCCUGAAAUCCUUGCAAUUCUUGGCCCUUCACGUUCCACUGUAAGUUAUUGUUCUGCUUAUUUUAAAAGUCUUGUCUGGUUUGAAUGACCCACCCCUCUUCUGAUUCACAAUGCUACUCUAGAUCUCUAAUACACAUGAACAUUUCCUCUUCUAAGCAUGGAUACAAAAUGAUGAUGGGAAUCAAAGAUCAUAACGUCUUCAUUUAUUCGGGAGGGAGACGGUUUGCUUUAAGGCAUGUUGAGUUAUGUUCAUUGAACACGUCUUGCUGGUUUAAACCGUGUAGUGCCGGAGGAUCCGUUUUACUUGCUCUCUGCCAGAUGUUGGCACUCUUAGUGAUACCACAACCUUUCCCAAUAUCUCUGUGGCGACUACACUAUUGUCUGUGUGGAAACCUCCCUGCUCUAGGCAGCAUACAUAUUUAAUCGUCUUGUAGCUGAACUUUUGUUGCAUAAUUCAGAAGGUUGGUUUGUUUCAUUAUAAAUAAGGUUCUCAGGGAUAGCGAAACACAAUUGAAGAGCACUAGCGCUCAUCGUAAUUUGCAAUCCAGUUGAGUGUUCUCUAUUCAUGUCGUCGAAUUAUGAAUUGUUUACAUGUCUUUGGGAGAUAGAACACACACAAAAAAAUCAUUGAACAGGAUUUCGUUUUACAUUUCCUUGCCAGAUUUGUGGCAAAAAGCAUUGAAUAAAACAUGAGCCAAGGAAUGCUGAUGCAUGGAUGUCAAUUAUAUGCAAGAUCAUUGCUUCAAAUACAAAAGGUUAAAUAGUGAAGAAUAAAGAUCCCAUGCUGGAUUUGUAUCAUGUAGAUAAUGGUAAAAGGGUCCAAAUGAGGGGAAGGGUACAGAUAGUUUGUCAGAACAUGUUCAAUAAUGGUCCAAAAUGAUAAAUGUAAUGAAUGAGCGCUUGCACAUGUUUGUCUCAUUACGUGACACUGUUGUCGAGACAUGGUUUAUUUGUGCAUUGAUGUUUCAUCUAAAUUUUGGAUGGUCAGGGACUUUCAUCUGGUUCCAGUUAUUCUGUUGUAGAAAGGUGUGCUUAUCCCAAAGGUCUUUGGAAUGUGGGAGCAACCACGAUGCCAAGAAGUCACUGUCGCCUUUAUUUUUUUGUGCCCAGCCAUAUGUACAGUUUUACUGCAUUGAUGAACACAAUGCAAAAUAAAAGACAUUCGUUUCCAAGAA